CUAGGAGACCAAGACGUGGGAGCGGGAGCGGUCGGCGCCUUAUUUGUUCCUUGUUUCGGCGUCUGUUUUGGCCCAGAUGCCACAUCCAAGGCGACUAGAUCUCCCCAUUCGCCCACCUCCUAGGCCUUCAUACGAUACUUGCUCUUUCAGUAUCAUCCUAUUCUAGACUUGCCAGCAGACAGCAUCGCGGCCCUCAAGACCCUAUUAUCCCACGUGUGCCAUCGACGUCAACAGUGCUUCUCGAUACCCCUCAUUCUUCGGCGCUCCGCGAACCUACGAUACCCUACGAUCGCGCCGACUGGCCCUGUCACCCAUGAGUUUCUUUAACGGUUCCUGAAAGCUACACCCCAAGCUUGCCCCUGCCCGGGUCACGGCGGCCCUGCUAUCGCCAUGUUGGAAGGGCUGGUGGCCGGUCUGAUCAACCGGUUCCUGGGCAUGUAUGUCAAGAACUUCGAUCCCGCCCAGCUCAAGGUCGGCAUCUGGUCCGGUGACGUCAAGCUUCGGAACCUCGAACUGCGCCGCGAAGCCCUCGAUCAACUAAAGCUCCCCCUCAACGUCGUCGAAGGCCAUCUCGGAACCCUGACGCUUGUCAUACCGUGGUCCAACCUGCGCGGCGCCCCCGUUAAGGUCUACAUCGAAGAUGUCUUCCUCCUCGCCUCGCCCAAGGAGGAGGCCGAAUACGACGAGGUCGAGGAGGAGCGGCGGAGGCAGCGCAUCAAGAUGGACAAGCUCGACUCGGCGGAGCUGCUCAAGGAGAGGUCCCAGGAGGGACUCAGCCAGGAGGAGCAGAAGCGCAGCCAGAGCUUCAUGGAGAGCUUCGCUACAAAGAUCGUCGACAACCUGCAGGUCACGGUCAAGAAUAUCCACAUCCGCUACGAGGAUUCUAUAUCUGCCCCGGGCCAUCCGUUCGCCCUCGGAGUCACACUGCAGGAGUUUAGUGCCGUUAGCACUAACGGAGAGUGGAAGCCUGCCUUCAUCCAGGACUCGACGGGCACCACACAUAAGCUGGCAACCCUGGGUGCGCUUGCCGUGUACUGGGACACGGAUGCCGACCUGUUUGGAUCUGGCCGCGAGGCGGAAACGCCCGGGGAGGAGGCCCCAACACAUGAGGAGCUCACCCAGAAGUUCAGGGACAUGAUGCCAGACGACGACGGCUCCCAGAACCACGCCCACCAGUUCAUCUUGAAGCCUGUCAGUGGGCAGGCCAAGAUAGAGCUGGACAAGUCCGGAAAGACCGAAGUACCAAAGUUCAAGGCAAACCUUCUGUUCGACGAGAUUGGCCUGGUUCUUGACGACGAUCAGUACCGGGAUGGGCUGAUGAUGGUGGACCUGUUCCACUAUUUCAUCCGCCAUCAGGAGUACAAAAAGUACCAGCCCAAGGGCGUCACACCAAAGGAGGAUCCGAGAGCCUGGUUCCGGUUCGCCGGCAAUGCUGUGCUAGCCAAGAUCCACGAGAGGAAUCGCCGAUGGUCGUGGGACUACUUCAAGGAGCGUCGCGAUGACCGCUUGCGGUAUAUCGAGCUGUUCAAGAAGCGGAAGCAAAACCCUAACCUUGAGCCUGAUGACAACGAAGAAAUCACAAAACUCGAGCAGAAGCUCGACUAUGAGGAUCUGCGUUUCUGGCGGUCCCUGGCGCGAAAUCAGCUCAAGAAGGAGAAUGCCGCCGCCCUGAAGAACCAGCCCCCCAAACAGGAGCAGCAGCAGGGAUGGAUAGCCUGGGUCUGGGGUGCCAAGCCUGCGACUGAGCAGCAGCCUACGGAGGACGCGGAGAACACAAAGAUCACAGAAGAGCAGAGGAAGGAGCUCUACGACGCCAUUGACUGGGACGAAAAGACGGCGCUUGCCGAUGCCAUCGACGAGCCGCGGGAGACCGUGAAGCUGCAAAUCGAGGCUUCCCUUAGCAUGGGGAGCUUGACGCUCAAACAGAACCCCCACGGUAAAACUCGGGAUCUUGUCAGCCUCCACUUUGACCUGUUCAAGGCGAAAGCCGUCAAGAGGGUGGAUUCGGUCUUUCUCGACUUGGGCCUGGGUGGGCUCAGAGUCAACGACGGCACAACACCCAACACGUUUUUCCCUGAGAUCGUCAGGGUUAAGGAUGCCCCAGAUACCAGGAGAAAGAAGCGCUUGUCGAUUGUCGAGCUCGAGAGGCACGAAGAGGAGGCUUUCUUCCAGCUCCAGGUCGAGCAGAACCCCCUUGACGGCCAGGGCGAUAUCGCCGUCACGGCAAAGCUGAACCCGCUCGAGAUCGUCUGGAACCCCAACAUCGUCGUCGGGAUCGUCGACUUCUUCAGGCCGCCAGAAAGGCACAUGGAGUCCAUUACGGCCCUCAUGGAGUCCGCCGGGGCCACGGUGGAGGGUCUCCGAGAGCAGACUCGUGCUGGUCUCGAGUUUGCCCUGGAGGAGCACAAGACCAUCAACGCAAAGCUCGACCUCCAAGCCCCCCUCAUCAUCGUCCCGUUGAGCAUCACGACUGACAAGUCUACAUGCAUCAUCCUCGAUGCCGGGCACAUCAGCGUGAACAGCGAGCUCGUUGAUAAGGACACGCUGAAACAGGCCCAGUCCAAGCAGAACCAGUCUUAUACAGAAGAGGACUUCAAGCGUCUAGAAUCGUUGAUGUACGACCGUUUCCUGGUCAAGCUCACUUCGACACAGCUCCUUAUCGGCAAUUCCAUCGAGGAGACGAAGGCGCAGCUGACGCAGAGAGACGAGUCUAAGAUGAUGCACGUGGUGGACAAGAUCAAUGUCGAUUUUGUCGUCGCCAUUUCAAUUAUGCCCAAAGCCCCUAACCUCACUCGCGUCAAGAUAUCUGGUCACAUGCCAGUACUCCAUGCAGUUGCGUCCGACACCAAGUACAAGAAUCUCAUGCAGAUCAUCAACGUUGCCGUCCCGAAACUUGGGGACGAGCCCCAAGCUGCUCACAGCGAGACAGAGAUGAGGCCCAAGAGGCCACGCCUGUUGAGCAACCUGUCUAGCCGAUCUGCGAUUAGGAAAUCACGCGCUAGAAGCUCGUCACACCUCAUUUCUUUCGCACCAACACAGCAGGCCGCCAUCGUGCUCAGCGACGCGGGUGAUGACGAUGACGAGUUCCAAGACGCCAGCGACGGCUCCGUCAACCAGCAACUCAAGAUGCAGCAGAGAACGUUUGAGCUCAAGUUUGCCGUCGACGAGCUUCGUGGUUCGCUGUACCGCAGCGACCCCGACGGAAAGAAGCCCGACGCGCUGCUGGUCGAGCUGGUCGCGCAAAAUUUCGAUCUGGAAUACUUCAUCCGGCAGUUCGACAUGGUGGCCGAGGUCUCGCUGGGUUCAGUCACGGUCGACGACUUUGUGUCCAACCCCACCGCCGAGUUCAAGUCUAUCGUCUCGUCCGGCGACGUCGAGGACCGCGAGCAGCAGCGCGAGCUUGUGCACGUCAAGUUUGUUAGGGUCAACAAGGAGUCGCCCGAGUUCAUGUCGAUCUACGAAGGCGUCGAGACAAACGUCAAUGUCGCCGUGUCCACCAUCAACCUCAUCGUCACCCGCAAGACUCUGCUUACCCUCCUGGACUUCAUCCUCAUCACCUUUGCUAACAACAACAACAAUAACAACACGCCGCAAAAGGCAGUCACCGAUGAUGGCUCCGAGGUAGAAAUUGCGGUUGAAGCGGCUGGACCUCCGCAGCAACAGCAGGCGGGCGCCAUCAAGGUCAAGGUGGACCUCAAGAGUAUUCGGAUGAUUCUCAAUAACGACGGCAUCCGCCUCGCAACUCUAUCGUUCAACCACGCAGACGUUGGAGUUUUUAUGCUGGGCAAGACCAUGCGUGUGUCGACAAAGCUUGGAGACCUAUCCCUGAUUGACGACGUUAACCUCGGCGUCUCGGAGGAGUCAAAUCUCCGCAAGCUGGUCACCAUCCAGGGAGAUGACCUUGCCGACUUCCGGUACGAGACCUUCGACUCCGAGUCCAAGUCGUAUCCCGGCUACGACUCAUCCAUCCAUCUCCGCGCCGGCUCGGUCAAGGUCAAUUUCAUCCAGGAGCCAUUCAGGAAGAUUGUCGCUUUCCUUGUCAAGUUUGGCAAGAUGCAGGCCAUCUUCAACGCGGCCAGGCAGGCAGCAGCAAACCAGGCAACCCAGCUUCAGCAGAGCAACAGCCGCAUCAAGUUCGAUGUUAUCAUCAAGACGCCCAUUGUUGUCUUUCCACGAGUCGUCAUGAACAAUAACCCGCAGCGGGAUCUGAUAACGGCCUACCUUGGAGAGAUCUACGCCCAGAACAAGUUCGCUCCGCUGGACGACUCGGAAAAUUCAGAGAUCGGACAGAAGCUAUCGGCUGGCAUCAGGAACAUCAGGCUCACGUCGCUUUUCCACUACCGCGAAGAUCGGUCAGAAGAGCUCGAGCUCAUCGACCACGUCGACUUUGGCUUCAAGAUGACGUACGCCGAGCACAGGGAGGGCGUCAAGCGGCCAGACCUAGAGAUACAGGGCCACAUGACGGACUUCUAUCUUCGCGUCACCCAGCACCAGCUUCGAUUUCUUUUGGAGAUCUCGAGGUCAGUCCCUGCCGCCUUUGCCGGGGACCCCGAGGAUGCCGACGAGGCGGCCGAAAAGGACGUGGACGCCGGGACCCUCCAAAGGGCAAAGACGCAGUCGUCGGAGAGCAGUGGAUCGUCUGGAGAAGAGGCCGUCAAUCUCAGUCCCGAGAUCGGCAUGCAGUCUCAAACGUGGACGCGUCUUGAUCUGGUUUUUAACGUCCACACCAUCGGCCUGGAGCUCAUCAAUGGGUUCGAGGAUAGGCCAAUUGGCGAUGUCCAACAAGCCAGCCUGUCCAGAUUCUCACUUGAUGACAGCAAGUUAAAGCUACGGAUGCAGGCAAACGGUGCUUUGGAGGCCGAGUUCGUCAUCCACUCUUUUACCAUCCACGACAGCCGAUCGCAAGAGAACAACAAGUUCAAGAAGAUCAUGACCUCCCGUAACAAGAAGGUGCAGCAGUUCAUGGCUAGCGUCUCGAUGACGAGCGGCAAGGUUCGCGAUGUGAUCGCCAUGGUCGCCAUCGACAGUCCCCGGGUCAUCUUUGCCCUGGACUACAUUUUCAUGCUGCAGGGAUUCGUCACGACUGCACUUGCCGUGGAGGAGUCCGGGGUCCCUGUCGAGGAACUGCAAAGUCCAAUAGAAACGCCAGACGAAUCGGAUGCCGACUCGAUGCAGGUGGCUUUUGCGGGACAGAAAUCCGGCAGGAGCAGUAUCAGCCGCGACGUUCAGCAGCCCACAGCAACAUCGGCGGAGACCGAGCCGACCAUGAACCUUGCCUUCCGCGUCAAUGUCGUCGACGCUCAAGUCAUCCUGAUUGCGAAUCCCCUGAGUCCCAGCUCGGAGGCGAUAGUGCUAGGCACCAAGCAAGUGCUUCUUUCACAACAGCACGCAUUGACCUUCCAGAUCUCCGAGAUUGGCAUGUAUCUCUGUCGAAUGGAUCGCUUCGAAGAGUCUCGCCUGAGGAUCAUUGACGACUUCUCUAUCCGGCUAUCGAUGGACAGCUCAAAGCCCACCGAGAGUAACAUCCAUAUCGACAUUGAGCCUCUUAUCCUGCGGCUUUCGCUACGGGACAUUCUCGUCGCUCUACAGAUUCUCCAGAAAGCCUCGGAGCUCUCUAGCAAUGACCAGCCAGACUCGAAAGAAGGCGCGGCAGAUGCGAAGGCCAAACAGUUACGACAGGCUGGCCUCAAGCAGCGCACGGCUAGCGGAAAAGGCCAAUCUACGCUGGUGGCAAACAAGACGAAGACGGUCACGACCGCCGCUAGCAACAGACAUCCGCAAGGAUCGGGAGGUCCGCACGACGUAUCUAAGCCAGUCCCCAGGCGAGAGUCUCUAACCGCUACCAUCGAUGGGAUUCGGGUCGUCCUGAUUGGUGAUCUUCACGAAUUGCCGAUUCUUGAUCUCAGCAUCAAAGACUUCACCGCCUCGGCGGAGGACUGGUCCAGCAGCCUGAAGGCGGAGACGGCCAUCGAAAUGUACAUCAACGUCUACAACUUCUCCAAGUCUGCGUGGGAGCCACUGCUUGAGCCGUGGAAAGUAGGCUUUGGCGUCGCCAGAGAUCAGGACUCCGGGCUCCUGUCCGUCGAUGUGACCUCGAGACAGACGUUCGACGUGACCAUCACGACAGCGACGAUUGCUCUUGCGUCCAAGUCUUUUGCCUUCCUCACUCAAGACGAGGAUGUCCUGGGCAAGCCUCGCGACGUCAAGGCGCCGUACCAGAUCCGCAACCACACCGGCUUCGACGUGGUUGUCAGCGCCAAGAACCCCAAGUCGGAAGAAAACAUCAGUCUCAGGCUGGAGGAGGGCCAGGAGGCCCCCUGGAGCUUCGAGCACUGGGAGAAGAUGCGCGAGAGCCUCAUGUCGGAGGCCAACUCCAGUAAUGUUUCGGUGCAUCUCGAGGGAAGCGGAUUUGACGCAGUCAAGAACGUUCGUCUGAACCGCGAGGGGGAGUUUCUGUACGGCCUCAAGCCCAAGGCCGAAAAGGUGCUUCACCGGAUGCUUGUGGAAGUGUCGCUCGGCAAGGACAACGUGAAGUAUGUAACGCUGCGGUCGCCGCUCCUGGUCGAGAACCAGACGCAGAUACCUGUCGAGCUCGGGGUUUACGACGCCCAAGAGGGACAUCUGCUCAAGAUCGAAAAGAUAGCCCCGGGCGAGUCGCGCCCAGCGCCAGUGGGGGCCGUGUUCUUCAAGUCACUCUUGGUGCGCCCAGACUCUGGCUUUGGCUACUCCUGGUCGACCGAGACGCUGUGGUGGAGGGAUCUCCUCAAGCGACCGACACGCACCAUGGUGUGCAAAGGGGAGCAGGGCGACCCAUUCUACUUCCAGUUGCAUGCCACCUUCGAGAAGGGCAGCCCCUUGACCAACACCUACCCCUAUAUGCGAGUCAAAUUGUCGGCGCCGGUCGUGCUGGAAAACUUGCUUCCGUAUGACUUCAAGUAUCGCAUAUAUGACAAGAACACGAAGAAGGAUUGGACGAACUUCCUUAGAAAGGGUGGUGUCAGUCCCGUCCAUGUCGUCGAGCUGUCGCACCUACUGCUUCUAAGUGUGGACAUGCAAGACACGGUCUUCAAGGCCAGCGAGUUUGCCAUAAUCAACCCUGGCAGCACCGACGACUUCAAGAAGGAGAUGACCUUGACGUGUAGGGACGAGCAGGGGCUGAACUUGAACCUGCGUAUGCACUACUACCGUGUCCCGGACGGUGGCGGCGCGUUCAAGGUGACGGUCUACAGCCCCUACGUGAUUCUCAACAAGACUGGCCUUGACGUCAACAUCCGGUCCAGGGGCUUCAUGCAGCACGCGAAGGCCGCGCCCGGCUCUGGAGGACGUCAGCUUGUCGAUGCAUCAGAGAACAACAGACCCAAGGCCCUUCCGAUAAUGUUUUCGUUCGGAAACGAUGACCACCGCAAUCGCGCCUCGCUAAGGGUGGGCGACUCUGAAUGGAGCAAGCAUCAAAGCUUCGACGCCAUCGGUAGCACCACGGAUGUUGUGCUGCAGUCUACCAGCCGCAACGCCGAGAUCCACGUCGGCAUCUCGGUGCAGUCGGGCGAAGGCAAAUACAAGAUGACCAAGGUCGUGACCCUGGCUCCGAGAUUCGUGGUCCAGAACAAACUAGGGGACGAGAUCAACAUCCGUGAGCCCAGCUCAUCGAGCCUCCUGUCGCUCCAGUCGCAGGCGCUGCAGCCUCUGCACUUCCUCCAGAGGACAUCGGUCAAACAGCUGUGCCUCUGCUACCCGGGGGUCAACAGCCAAUGGACGUCUCCCUUCAACAUUUCCGACAUUGGAACCACGCACAUCAAGCUCGCCAAGCCAGGACAGAGACAGCGGCUGAUUCGGGCCGAGGUCCUCAUGGAGGAUGCCACCAUCUUCAUCACACUGAGCAUGGAAACCAAGAGCUGGCCAUUCAGCAUGCGCAACGAGAGCGAUACCGAGUUCACAUUCUACCAAGCCAACCCCAAUGUGGACGAGGACGGGGAUGAGGACAGGUCAGGCUGGCGGCAGAUAAGAUAUCGACUCCCUCCGCGCAGCAUAAUGCCCUACGCGUGGGACUUUCCGGCCGCCAAGCACAGAGAAGUUGUCAUUAGCGCCUUCGGCAAGGAGCGGCAUGUCAAGCUCGCCGAGAUUGGCAACCUCGUCCCGAUGAAGUUUGUGGCGCCAUCGGGCCAGGCCAAGAUCAUCGACAUCAACGUUGCUGCCGAAGGACCAACUCAGACGCUCAUUCUGAGCAACUUCAAGCAGUCCAAGAGUCUAUACCGACAAAAGUCGGGUCUGCGCCGUACGAACACGCAGUCGAGCAUGAGCACGGAUGGCGGGUUCGAAGUGAAGAGCCAGGAUGUCGGCACCACCUUCCAGGCCCAACUGAAGCUCGCGGGCAUUGGCAUAUCGCUGAUCAACUCGCAGCUGAGGGAGCUCGCCUAUGUCACGCUCCGCGACGUGCUGCUCCGCUACAGCGAGUCGCCCCUGUACCAGACAGUCAGCCUGGCUGUCAAGUGGAUACAGAUCGACAAUCAGUUGUACGGUGGCAUCUUUCCGAUGAUCUUGUACCCAAGCGUCGUCCCCAAGAGGGCACAGGAGAUUGACGCGCACCCGUCGCUCCACGCCAUGGUCACACGCGUCAAGGACGACUCGUACGGAGUACUAUAUAUCAAGUACGCCACGGUUCUUCUUCAACAAAUGACGGUCGAUCUGGACGAGGACUUUGUGUACGCGGUCCUUGACUUCUCCAAGGUUCCCGGGGCAGCGUGGGAGACGGAAGUGGACGAGGGCAAGCUCUGCGACGACAGCGUGGACAUCCCAGAGCCCAGGCAGCAGCAGGCGGCGCAGGACAUCUACUUUGAGCUGCUGAACAUCCAACCAAUGCAGCUCGACCUCUCGUUUGUACGCACCGAGCGCAUCAACGCCGAGGACAAGACGUCUUCACGGAACCCGCUCAUGUUCUUCCUCAAUGUCAUGACCAUGGCCAUCGGAAACGUCAAUGACGCGCCGCUUCGGUUAAAUGCGCUCAUGCUGGAAAACGUGCGGGUUUCCAUCCCACUGCUGACACAGAACGUAUCGAACCACUACAGCCAGGAGGCGCUCUACCAGGUGCACAAGAUUCUGGGAUCUGCCGACUUCCUCGGCAAUCCCGUGGGUCUGUUCAACAACAUCAGCUCGGGCGUGGCCGACGUCUUCUACGAGCCGUACCAGGGGCUCAUCAUGUCGGACCGACCCGAAGACAUUGGCGUGGGCCUGGCGCGCGGGGCGGCUUCGUUUGCGAAGAAGACGGUCUAUGGCUUUUCAGACUCGUUCUCCAAGUUUACGGGCUCCAUCUCCAAAGGCCUCGCGGCCGCAACGCUGGACAAGCAGUUCCAGGACCGCAGGCGAAUCAGUCGCGCACGCAAUCGGCCAAAGCACGCGCUCUAUGGUGUCACGACGGGCGCCAACUCGCUCUUCACCUCCGUCGGGUCAGCAGUGGGCGGGCUCGCGCGCAAACCACUUGAAGGGGCGGAGCAAGAGGGUGCGCUCGGGUUCUUCAAGGGUGUCGGCAAGGGCGUGCUGGGCCUGACGACGAAGCCCGUGAUCGGAGUGCUGGACCUGGCCUCCAACGUGUCAGAGGGCAUCCGCAACACGACAACCGUGUUUGACGGGUCUGAGCUCGACCGGGUGCGGCUGACGCGCUUCAUCCCACGCGACGGCAUCGUGCGACCGUACAGCCAGCGCGAGGCACUGGGCCAGUCGUGGCUCAAGCAGGUAGACAACGGCAAGUACUUCGACGAGGAGUACGUGGCACAUGUGGAGCUGCCACGGGAGGACGUGGUGGUGAUCGUGACGUAUGCGCGCAUCCUGCUCAUCCGCAGCCGGCGGCUGACGGCCGAGUGGGACAUACCGCUCAAGGACAUCCAGACCAUCUCCAAGGAGCGCACAGGGCUGAGCCUGUCGCUGAGGGGCGGGGCUAAUGGGCCGUUCAUCCCGGUGGGCGAGGAGAGCGGGCGGGCGUUCCUGUACAAGAGCGUGGCGGUCGCGGUGGAGGAGUUCAACCGCCGGUCGAGGGCGCUCGAGUAGAGUGUGGGCGGGAAGGUGAAGCCUGGGCGGCGAAGGAAGAGGAGUGAAGCAUCCGGGUCUUGAGGUGGAAGGCACUUGUUGAUGACCAUGGGAAUCACAAUGGAUGGGGGCAUUUUAUGAACAUGUUUACGGCGGUGUCUUUUCUUUUUCCUAUCAGAGCAAUUGUGCCGCUCUCCCUACAACUGUUUCUGUUAUUGUCGGGCUGUUUGUUACAUUUGCCCCUAGAGCUUUGUACAGGUGUUGGAUUGUAACAGCAUAAAAGUGUACGAGGUUUGCGUCGGAAUUGAAGUAAAGCACCUGGUCCCUACCUUUCAGUGUGCAAGCUCGG